AAAACACUAAAUCAUUCAUGCGAUUUUUGCGUGCAGACAAGGAAGAGACAACAGAAAAGUGACCACGUCGCAAACAAAAACACUUCUCUUUUGGGCAAUAUUAUCAUUAUUCUGAACAUAAAAAUUGUAAAAUAACGCGGCUAUGCUAUGACUUGACGUGAACAAGUCGUCAGUUAGUGUCUGUUGGACCCCAGUGGUCGAUAAAGACGACAUUUUGGCGGUGUGUUUUGGUCACCAAGCGAGUGUUGCCUAGCCGUCUAGUCGGCGUGUCCACUGCGUGGCAUUUGGAUGAACAACAGAAGUCAUCGCUUCCAAACUUCACAAGGUGAAUAAUUGGAUGGGAGUAGUCCAAGAUGGCGGACGUAGAUCCAGAGACAUUACUAGAAUGGCUUCAGAUGGGCCAAGGAGAGGAGCGAGAUAUGCAACUCAUUGCCUUAGAACAGCUCUGUAUGCUAUUGCUCAUGUCUGACAAUGUGGACCGAUGCUUCGAAAGUUGCCCACCAAGGACCUUUUUACCAGCCCUCUGCCGUAUCUUCCUUGAUGAGCAUGCUCCUGACAAUGUCUUGGAAGUCACAGCCCGUGCAAUCACCUACUACCUGGAUGUCUCGGCAGAAUGUACCAGGCGUAUCGUAGCUGUAGAUGGGGCAAUCAAGGCUUUGUGUAAUCGACUCGUAGUGGUGGAACUAUCCUCUAGGACAAGUAAAGACCUUGCUGAACAAUGUAUCAAGGUCUUGGAGUUGAUGUGUACCCGAGAGUCAGGCUCUAUCUUUGAAGCAGGUGGUCUUCACUGUGUCUUGUCCUUCAUACGUGAUAAUGGUAGUCAAGUACACAAGGACACGCUACACUCAGCUAUGGCAGUGGUGUCUAGACUGUGUGGUAAGAUGGAACCUAGUGACUCCUCACUGGAGACGUGUGUGGAAUCACUGUCUACAUUGCUCAAACACGAAGAUUCUCAUGUCGCUGAUGGUUCCCUGCGCUGUUUUGCGUCAUUAGCCGAUCGUUUCACUCGGCGGGGAGUUGACCCCCUCCCAUUGGCUAAACAUGGCCUAUCAGAAGAGUUACUACAACGAUUAGCUAAUUGUGGUAUGACUGCUGCCAUGGCAACGGGUACCAAGGCAGCAGGCGCCACAGGAACGACUCCAGAUUCUAAAGGAAAUCCUAACAUCUCAACGGUCAUUAGUCUACUGUCUACACUGUGCAGGGGGUCUCCUAGUGUCACACAUGAUUUACUGCGAUCUGAGCUACCUGGUGCCAUUGAGAAGGCAUUGCAAGGCGAUGAGAGAUGUGUAUUGGACACUAUGCGUCUAGUAGAUCUUCUCUUAGUGUUGUUAUUUGAGGGACGUACUGCCCUACCCAAAUCCAACAUCGGUACGACAGCUCGUACAAUGAGUGGUCUACGUCGUCUGGAUAGCGCUGGUGAACGGUCACAUCGUCAUCUGAUUGACUGUAUACGUAGCAAGGAUACCGAUGCACUCAUAGAUGCUAUAGAUACUGGAGUUGAGGUCAACUAUAUGGAUGAUGUCGGCCAAACACUGCUGAACUGGGCCUCUGCUUUUGGAACCCAAGAAAUGGUUGAGUUUUUGUGUGAGCGAGGAGCAGAUGUGAAUCGAGGUCAAAGGUCAUCAUCAUUGCACUAUGCUGCCUGCUUUGGUAGACCGCAGGUUGCAAAGACACUUCUAAGGCAUGGUGCCAACCCUGACCUACGUGAUGAAGACGGUAAAACACCACUAGACAAGGCAAGAGAGAGGAAUGAUGAAGGUCACCGGGAGGUCAUGCAGAUCCUCCAAUCACCAGGUGAAUGGAUGGUACCUGUUACUCCGACAGCAGAUGCUGCAGUCUCGAGCCCAGAGGAGGCCACCAAACCAGAAGGAGAGCUGGACUUUGCUGAACCUAAAGGUGAUCCAGAGAUGGCACCCAUCUACCUCCGCAAGCUACUACCAAUCUUUGCUCAGGUCUACAAUAACACCAUGAUGCCUUCUAUAAGGAAAGCGAGUCUAGCUCUUAUACGUAAGAUGAUCCACUACACCCCAUGUUCACUACUCAGUGAGGUGUGCAUUGGGGAGGCAGUUAGCUUCACUCAGGUCCUAGUGGAAGUCUUGGCUGCUGUACUGGAUCAUGAGGAUGAUGAUGACGGGCACCUGACUGCUCUACAGAUCAUUCAGGACAUCAUGCGUAAAGGACAGGAUCUAUUCCUGGAUCACUUCGCUAGGCUUGGUAUCUUCAGUAAAGUGUCAUCAUUGGCUGGUCCACCUGAGGUGAUUGAAGAGGAAGGACCACUCCCUCAUGACAAGAAGCAGGAGUCGGGAGACCAAGAAUUAGAAGAUGCUAAAGAGAUAGUUGCCGGUCGUCCCUAUCACUGGAAGGAUUGGUGUAUGGCUAGAGGAAGAGAUUGUUUAUAUAUAUGGAGCGACGCUGCUGCAUUGGAGCUAUCUAACGGUAGCAAUGGCUGGUUCAGGUUUAUUCUGGAUGGUAAACUGGCUACUAUGUACUCCAGUGGGAGCCCUGAGGGCGGCUGUGAUAGCUCAGAGAGUCGUGGAGAGUUUUUGGAGAAGCUACAGCGAGCCAGAAGCCAGGUGAGAGCUGGUACAUGCAGUCAGCCCAUCCUGAGCAGUGUUGGGCCUACUAAGCUAGUAGUCGGCAACUGGGCCUUGCAGUGUAAGAAAGAUGGUGAAGUGAUCGUACACAACUCAGAUGGACAACAGGCAACCGUACUGCGUGAGGAUCUGGCUGGGUUUGUAUUUGAGUCCAACCGUGGCACUAAACACACCUUCACUGCUGAGACGUCUCUAGGACCUGAAUUCUCUACAAGCUGGACUGGCAAACGAGGCAAGAGAUUACGCUCCAAGGUGGAACAAGUCAAACAAAAGGUUAAGAAUCUAGCUCGUGAGUUGUAUGAUUGUCAUUUCAAAGCAGCGGAGUCCCAUCCUCGUGACAUUGUAGCCAAGCUUCACUCCAUCGUCCAGCAGAUAGAACAAGCCUGUGAGAUGCAUGGAGACUUAUCUAAGCCAACAGAAGGAGAACACAGCUGGUCUGAGCUACUGAAGACUACUCUAGAAUCCCUGACUCUCCUGUUGAAGGAUGAGAACAACAUCUCCGCCUAUGAGCUUCAUAGCAGUGGUUUGGUGCAAGCCUUGCUGUACUGUCUUAAUAAUGGUUUUGAGCAUGUUGCAUGUCAUGACAGACAUCUAAGGGAAAGGAUUAGCCUGUUCAAAGCGGCGUUCCGAGACACCACUGAUGACCAAGGCAUGGUGACUCCUGCAGUCAUGUUGGUGCGUAAGCUGGUUGCUGUCCUUGAAUCUAUUGAGAGACUUCCAAUGUUUCUGUAUGAUACGCCAGGAUCCAGCUAUGGAUUACAGGUGUUGACAAGGAGGUUAAGAUUUCGUCUAGAGAGGGCAUCUGGGGAAACCUCCUUGAUUGAUCGCACCGGUCGUACACUCAAGAUGGAACCACUUACUACUGUAGCAAGCCUUGAGAGAUAUCUCCUGAAAAUGGUUGCUAAGCAGUGGUAUGAUUACGAGCGUUCCAGCUUUGCCUUUGUCAAGAGAAUGAAAGAAGGCUCCUCAGUCACCUUCAGACACACUCAUGACUUUGAUGAGAAUGGAAUCAUCUACUGGGUUGGCACCAAUGCAAAAACUGGCUAUGAGUGGGUCAACCCAGCCCAGUACGGCCUGGUAGUAGUCAACUGUUCAGAGGGACGUACCUUACCUUACGGACGACUGGAAGACAUUCUGAGUCGAGACACUUCUGCCUUGAAUUGUCACACCAAUGAUGAUAAGAAAGCCUGGUUUUCCAUUGACCUUGGGUUAUGGGUCGUCCCUUCAGCUUACACUCUCCGUCAUGCUAGAGGCUACGGCAGAUCAGCGCUCAGAAACUGGCUGUUUCAAGUCUCUAAGGAUAAUCAGAAUUGGUUGACAUUGAUGACUCAUGCUGAUGAUAGCUCGCUCAAUGAGCCGGGUUCGACUGCGACAUGGCCAGUAGAACCCUCCAAAGAUGAGAAGCAAGGAUGGCGUUACGUCCGCUUACAACAGACAGGCAAGAACGCUAGCGGACAGACACACUACUUAUCACUGUCUGGCUUUGAGCUGUACGGAACGGUGACUGGGGCUGUAGAGGAAUCACUAGGAAGUAGUAUGGCAGGCAAGGCUGCUAAGGAGACAGAAGCCAGCCUACGUAAGCAGCGUCGUCUAAUGCGCUCUCAAGUCCUACGUCAGAUGGUCAGUGGCAUCGGUAGGGGGCGGGGCAUGGACUGGAAAUGGAGGGAGCAGGAGACUCAGUUACUGGAGGGAGUGAUGCUGGCUGAACACAGAGAAGCAUUGUCAGCCGCUAGUAGCAAGCAAGCCAGUGCAGCCAGCCAUUCACGUUCAGGAGAUAAGACACCAACAGAUAAAGGAUCUAUAGUAGGUGCUACUGGGGGUAGUGGAGGGGUGUCAGGAACAAGCCUUGUCAGCAGGAAGAGUAACUCUACACCAAGUCUGAAUGAAUCCAUGCCAGGGACUAACAAGACAACUUCUAAAGAUCGGGAUCAUGCCUCCACCUCUGACCUGACCGCCAAUAUCACCAUGACAACCUCUAUGGUAGAGAGCGCCCUCAUGUCCAUGCGAGGCAGUCGUCUGAGCGGUGCUGAAGACAUUGCUGAGAGUCCAGAGCUGGUUGCUGAGAUGGAACAAGCUGCUACGGCAACCAUGGAAUGUAACGCAGCCAAUAAGCUGCAGCCCCCUCCACCCCCACCUGCAACAGGUACCCCAGCCUCCACCACUAGCUCACCUAACAGCACUAGUAGCAGCACAUCUAGCAGCAUGAGUGUUAGUGUACCCAACCUAUCUAGUACGCGUGAUGUUGUGGCUGGCUUGAUGGAAUCGUUCCCAGCAUUGAUGCGUCGUAGUGGUAGCGGUGGUAGUGGUAAUACCGUGCUGUCAGGCAGAGGAACUAACUUUGCUUCCAGCUUUGUAAGGUUUCCUCUCUCAUCUGGACUCUCUAGCAGUAAUUUCCUUAGCAGCGCUCAGAGUGCUCCCAACCUGCCAGCCACCACGUCUCUAGCCAACACAACCAGUAGCACUACGGCAGCUACUGUUGCCUCCACCUUCAGCUCAGUCCUAGCAUCCAGUAUGACCUCCAACUCUAGCGAGAGUGAUAAUGAGUUCCUUGAGAAUUGCCGAGCUAGCUCCUUAUUGGCUGAGCUGGAGGAUGAAGAGUUCUGUCCUGAGCCUGAGGAGCUGGAUGAUGAAAAUGAAGAUGACAGUGAAGGGGAUGACUAUGAGGAUUGCACGGAGGAGGAAGACUAUGAUCCACGAGGCAGCAGAAGACGUACCUGGGAUGAUGAACAUGUCCUUAAGAGACAAUUCUCAGCCCUGGUGCCAGCAUUUGACCCUCGGCCAGGAAGGACCAAUGUCCAGCAAACGACUGACCUUGAAAUCCCACCUCCAGGUUCUCCAGACACCUCCUUCAGAGACGAAGGCGAUUCUACUCAUUGUCCUCAUCUAGCUCUCUUCAUCAGAGGACCAGGACUGCCUGGGAUUCCAGAGACUGAGGUAUUUUGUGAGGAUCCUAACUCUACAGUCUUCAAGUACAUCCAGAUGCUAUACCAACACACGCCGGCUGGUACUAAACAGGAUAAACUCAGACGUAUAUGGGAACCUACCUAUACGGUUGUUUACCGAGAGCUGAGACCAGAGGACGCAUCCAUGUCACUCACCCAGAACACAGAGGGUCGAUGGUCCAUCCCAUUUGUGGAGCGGCAUCUAGGCUCAGAUCAGCUCCCUAAGACUGAGCUGAUCUCCUACUUACAGCUCAACGGAGAUGCUAACUUCUUAAGACGUUGGAAACUGUCUGGAGCAGCUAAGAAUAUUCGCAAGACAAGGAAUUGCUCUCAGCUUAUAGCUGCAUACAAGGAGUUUGUUCAUCUAGGUCUAGCCAAACCAGCACACCAGCGUAGUAGACACGGAUCCAGUCAUCUCCUAUGUGAUACUGAUUGUGGUGGACCUUCAUCCAAUCCAUUUGAUCCUUCAGCUUCUACCGUCAGUGAUGUAUUACAGCUACUUAGGAUACUGUAUACAGUAGCUAGUGAUGUCAGCAGUAUCAGUCUACGAGGUGGUGACUUUCACUAUUACAAUGUCCCACUUGAUGAGUUCUGCAGUAAAAAGAUAACAAAUAAACUGGUGCAACAGGUCCAGGACCCACUGGUGCUAGCUAGUCUAUCCUUACCCAGCUGGUGUGGUAAACUCACCAAACGAUGCCCCAUGCUGUUCCCAUUUGAGACCAGACAUCUGUUCUUCUCAUGCACAGCGUUUGGUGUCUCCAGAGCUAUUGCUUGGCUUCAGGAGAAACGUGAUGCCAACACUGAACGAGUACGCACACCAAGCACUAGACGGGAUGAUCAACAUGAAUUCAGAGUAGGCAGAUUAAAGCAUGAACGAGUCAAGGUACCACGCAAUGAGAAGCAGUUACUGGAAUGGGCUGUCAAUGUCAUGAGACUUCACAGCAGGAGAAAGUCUAUCUUAGAGGUUGAGUUCAUGGGUGAGGAGGGUACUGGUCUAGGCCCUACUCUAGAGUUCUAUGCUCUAGUAGCUGCUGAGUUACAACGUAAGAGUCUUGGCAUGUGGCUGUGUGAUGAUGAGUUUCCUGAUGAUAUGGCAAGAGAGGUUGACAUUGGUGAAGGCGUGAAGCCACGAGGUUUCUACAUCCAACGUACCUGUGGUCUCUUCCCAGCUCCAUUAGUCCAGGAUAGCGAAGACAUCGAUCGUGUUAUCCAACUCUUCCGUUUUCUUGGUACUUUCCUAGCCAAGUGCCUGCAGGAUACUCGCAUUGUAGAUUUCCCUUUCUCCCGUCCCUUCCUCAAGCUCAUGUGUAUGGGGGAGGCAGGUAAUGGUGUCCGGCCAGCCUUCACUACACCAGAAUCCUCAGUCCGAGACUCGGAGCUGUCCAAUGACACCCAGUCAGAAGCUUCCUUAGAUGAUGUCCAUGAUUUGAUCUCUGAGUUAUCCAUUGAUGAGUAUGAAUCUAAAGCAGAGUUGAUCAUGGGUGACCCACCUAAGCCUCGUACCCCGGCCUGGUUUGCUGGCUUACUGACCCUGGAUGAUCUGGAAAUAGUAGCUCCUCAUCGAGCUCACUUCCUACGUCAGCUUAAAGUCUUGGUGGAUCGGAAGCGACAGAUCUUGAAGGAUAAGUCUAAGAGUGAAGAGGAGAGGAAUAAUGAGAUUCAGAUGCUGACCCUGGAGGAGGAAUCGAAGCUUGGACCUCCUGUGAGACUUGAGGACUUGGGAUUGACAUUCCAGUUUAGCCCAUCGUCCAGCAUCUAUGGCUACUCAGCCUAUGAUCUCAAACCAGGAGGCAGUGAAGAACUCUUGACGCUAGACAAUGCUGAGGAAUACAUUGAGUUAGUGACUGACUUCUGUCUACACACCGGGAUAGGAAAACAGAUUGAAGCAUUUAAAGAGGGUUUUGAUGAUGUCUUUCCUAUGGAGAAACUACACAGCUUCACUCCAUCCGAGCUGCAGACGAUGAUGUGCGGUGACCAGGCACCGAUGUGGACCAGGGAUGACAUCUUGAACUACACGGAUCCUAAACUGGGAUACACUAGAGAAAGUCCCGGAUUCCAGCGUUUUGUCAACGUGAUGGCUUCUCUUACACCCGAUGAGCGUAAAGCCUUCUUACAGUUCACUACAGGCUGUUCAUCCCUACCUCCUGGUGGCUUGGCUAACCUGCACCCACGCCUGACCAUCGUACGGAAAGUGGAUGCUAACGACAGCACUUAUCCAUCCGUCAAUACCUGUGUUCAUUACCUCAAGCUGCCUGAGUACUCAACUGAGGAGAUUCUUAGAGAGAGAUUACUCGGGGCUACUCAUGAGAAGGGAUUCCAUCUCAACUGAGUCAAACACUCGGUGAUUGUGAGCAUUACUGUAUGAGAUAACUCAGAUGAGCUUACUCAAGAGAAGGGGUUCCAUCUGAACUGAAACAAGUAUUCGGUGUUUGUGAGUAUUACUCACUGAGGCAACACUGAGUUUCAGGAUAAACUUGGAUAAGUCACUCAGUGUUCAGUGUUUCUUUUGAGUAAAUACAAAGUAUCACAAGCCAUUAGUUAGUUUUUGGUACUAUCAAUUUUUACUCUAACAUACCCCAAAUCCACCCAAAUCUGACACAUGGAUUUCUGUAUCAGAAUGCCUGGAUUUUAAGAAUGUACAGCUCAGCCACUUUAGAUCCUGAUGUCCUGAUUUUGUUGAACUGCAAAGAAACUGUAAUUGGUUUUUUUUCUCAAUGUUUGGUUUGGAGGAAGUAGGAAGCUAUCUUUGCUAGGGAGUUAAUUCUCACUCAAAAAGUAAGAGGUGACUAAGAGUAUUAACAUGAUUUUCGUGGUCGAUGAGUUUAUUAUUUUUUUUUUAGUUGACGAGUUUUAGGGUUGAUAACUCCACAUCAAGUGUUGUUGGAUAAUGGAUUACGUAAUCAACUGUUUUUAUUGUAUUAUUGAAAUCUCUAUGUUUAGUGCCUGAGUAACUGCUAUGUAUCUACACAAUAUGAUGUUACAGUGACAGAGAUGUUUUAGUGCCUGUUUUUGUUUGUCCCUGAGUCACAUGCAGUAAUUUAGGCUGCAGAGACCUGUAAGUCCAAGCAUAAAGCCUGUAUGGCUGUAUUUAACACUAAUACAAGAGAAGAGGAAAGUGAUUUCAAACUCAUUUUUUGUUUACAUUGUCCCCAUUCUUUCCACGAAAUUUCAACCCCAUUAGGUCCACAUAUUGUUUUUGUUCUAUCGUUUACAAAUAAAGUUUGCAUAACAGAGAA